AUGCUCGCUUCAUCCGGAUUUAUUCUCCCACUCUUCGCUCUCUUGAACCAAGUCGCCCCCGGAUCCGCGAGCGGCGUUCCUAUUGUCUCAUGCUCUACCAGCACGGACGUCCAAAUUUUCCAGAAUCCCAGCUUUGAGUCCGGAUCACUUGAUGACUGGACCUUCAGCAAUACCUACGCGCGGUCUUACAGCGUCGUACAGGUUGGCACAUCAGACGCCCAAGGCUCAGCCGAAGAUGGAUCCUAUUACUUCCAAACGUACGGCUACAAUCACGCGUUUCAACUUUCUCAAACGGUUUCCAAUCUUGUAAUUGGCUCUACAUAUACGAUCACGUAUUGGAACCACCUACCUCAGGCCCUAGGUAAUUUAGGUGAUUGCUGUGAUUCUGUCUACUUGGAUACCACCGCCAACAAAAUCGCCUAUAUUAGCUACGACCCAUCCACUACAUGGACAGCACAUACCUUGACCUUUGCAGCCACAGCGACCAGUCAUACCCUGAUCUUCGCUCCAGAUUGUGGUUCCGGUCAAGAUUACCCAUGGUACAUGGGAUGGGAUAACUUCCAGAUCGAAGGAGAAACCCAGGUGUGCACUACUUCCUACUCGACUAUUCCAUCUUCGACACCUACGCCAACCCCCAGCUCAGUCUUCUCGUCCACAGUUGCAUCCACUACACCCUUGGUUGGAUCAUCUUCAUCAAGAGUCAUUGCAUCCUCAGCCACACUCGCGUCGUCCUCAUCCGGAGUUGGAUCAUCUUCAACCAGAGUCAUUGCAUCCUCAGCCACACUCGCGUCGUCCUCAUCCGGAGUUGAAUCUUCUUCAACCAGAGUUUACCCGUCGUUCAGCACUGUCAAAUCCUCGGCCAGAGUUAAACCAUCUUCAACUAGAGUUCGGCCCUCGUCUAAGGCAUGCAAAACUAGAACCAGGACAACUUCAUCCAGCGCUGUCCAGUCAUCGUCCGGAACUACGCCAUCCUCGGUCGGAGUUAGACCAUCUUCAACCAGAGCUGUAUCCUCGUCGGUGGCUGCUACUUCUGCUGCCUCUUCCACCACAGCAUCUAUCACUUCUAGCAACAUUGACAGUGGAAACGGCUCAUCUUCUGGCGUUUCCUCCAGCAUGACCUCCGCUCCCGGCGGUGGAAACAGCUCAGGUUCCGGCUCCAGCACGACAACUGCUCCUGGUGGAGGAUCUGGCUCUAACACAUCCAAAGGUGAAUCUGGUGGCGCGGGAUCUACUACUUCGACCAUUCUCUCAACCCGCACCGCUACUGUCACCGCUUGUCCGUCAACAGUCACCGAUUGCCCAGCAAGCGAUAAGACUACGUAUACCACCACUGAGGUCAUUGUUGUGUCGACGACAGUUUGCCCCGUGACUGCUACUUCAACCUCUGAGCCUACCAGUGAGUCUGGUGGCGCGGGAUCUACCACUUCGACCGUCCUCUCAACCCGCACCGCUACUAUCACCGCUUGUCCGUCAACAGUCACCGAUUGCCUAGCAAGCGAUAAGUCUACGUAUACCACCACUGAAGUCAUUGUUGUGUCGACGACAGUCUGCCCUGUGACUGCUACUGCUACUUCUUCUUCUGCAACUACCACUGGCUCUGGCUCUGGCUCUGGUUCUGGUUCUGGAACUGGAGGAAACUCAAUCACCGAGACUAUUUACUCGACUCGGGUCUUUACAAUCUACAAGUGCGCUUCGACUGUUACCAACUGUCCCUAUGCCUCGAGAACUGCUCAUGCGGUUACUGAGACCACUGCCGUUGGAACUACAGUUUAUCCUGCUAGCUCUGCUCCUACAAGUGGCUUCAGCUCUGGUUCUGGUUCUAUCACUGGCUCCGGCUCUACUGACUCUGGCUCUACUGGCUCUGGCUCUACUGGUUCUGGCUCUACUGGUUCUGGCUCCAGCUCUAGUUCCAUCACUGGCUCCGGCUCUACUGGCUCUGGCUCUACUGACUCUGGCUCUACUGGCUCUGGCUCUACUGGUUCUGGCUCCAGCUCUAGUUCCAUCACUGGCUCCGGCUCUACUGGCUCUGGCUCUACUGGCUCUGGCUCUACUGACUCUGGCUCUACUGGCUCUGGCUCUACUGACUCUGGCUCUACUGGCUCUGGCUCUACUGUUUCUGGCUCCAGCUCUAGUUCCAUCACUGUCUUCGAAUCUACUGGCUCCGGCUCUGGUUCUGGUUCCUUCACUGGCUCUGGCCCUUUUACUAAGGCCAUUGUUGCUGGAACUGCGGUUCAUGCUGCUGGCUCUGUUCCUACUAGUGGAUCCAGCUCCAGCCCUGUUUCUAGCCCUGGCCCCCAAAUCGGCUCCCACUCUGCGCCUGGAAGCAGCACCUUGGUGUCAUCUCCUCACGCUGGUGCUUCGUUCACAACAAGUGCAAGCCAGCCAGUCUACACAGGCGCCUCGACCUCUCAAUCUGCUUUCCUUUCCGGAUCGCUUGUAUCCAUCUCCGGUCUUUUGACUGCCUUGCACCUUCUUCUUUAA